AUUAGGAAUGGAACAGCCUGGGAAACUUUUUAUGAAGAAUAUGUCGUGAUGGGAUAAGGAGUAUAAGGAUGACUUGAAAGAGGAGGAUAUUUAUCAGUUUAAAGAACUUUUUACCCAUUUUUACCCGGAUGCAUAUGGACGGGUCAGUGUUAAACAUCUUAAGUCGUUGCUUAAUUGAAUUGACUUAAAUCCAACAGAUACAGAUGUGAAGAAGUUGUUAAUACCCAAGGCAGAUCCUGAGAACACAGGGAAGUUCUCGCUUGAUGAUUUCAUGAAUUUGAUCAAUUCUACUGAGAUCCCGAAGGACACCCCGGCUAGUUUCUGAGAAGCACUAGAGGAGAUAGAUCAUGAAGGUAAUGGGAAGAUCAAGAUUGAAGAUGCUCAACAGCUGUUUAUGGUUGCUGGUGAAACUUUCACCCAAGAUGAGUUUUUGGAGAUGAUAACACUUGGAGAUCUAGAAAAUACCGGAUUUAUUGAUAUAAAACAACUUGUAAAGGCAGUAAUGGGGAGAUGAUAAAUAAUUUCAAAAUAAAAUUCAAUUUUGGA